AUGCGGAGCGGUCCGCGAAACGAGCUGACGCAGGCCAUCAAGGCGCUCGACCUCGACAAGCUCAAGGAGCAGCGGCGCUGGCGAGCUCCUCGGAGGCGGAGCCAAUCCGCGGAAACCCUUCCCGGAGCCUUGCGUGGCGCGAGCGACGGCCUCUCUGCCCUCGAGCUGGUGGUGCAGGCGGUGGCGGCGAGCGGCGGGGAGGCGGCGGCGUGCGACGAGCUGGACGACCGCGGGAUCAGCCCGCUGCAUAGCUUGGUGCAGGCGGGCCCCCACGCGGGGCACGUGCGGGCUGCGGGUAUGCUGCUCCGCGCCGGCGCCGAUGCAAACGUGCAGUCUGCGCCUGCCAGCGACGAGUACACAUCCGGGCAGUGGGGCAAGCUCAACGCGGAGGGGGAGAUGGAGGAGCCGAGCACGCCGAUGGUCGAGCUGCUGCUCUCGCACCGCGCCGACCCAAACUUGCGCGACCAGCAGGGCCGGUCCGCGCUGCACUUGGCGCUCGACUUCGAGGAGGAGCGGGGCGGCAUCGACCUCGCGCUGUGCGAGAAGCUGCUUGCGCACGGCGCACGACCCUUCCCUCGGCAUGGCCUGGCCGCGACCAUCAACAAGAAGGCGAAGGUGAUCGCGGCGAUCGAGGCGCACGCCUGCAGCUGA